UUUUUAACCUUCUGCUUUUGGACUGCAUAAAUACAGCGUGCUGAGUCCAUGCAGACAGACUGAACUUACAAUCAGCAUAGGCAUCUUACCUCUCUGGUGUGCUUAUUAUUGGCUCAGUGUUCAGUUUUGAAAUCUUUGGAUCAAGUUCAGCUGACAAGAUGCGUGUAUUGCUCCUUAUAGCCCUGUGUGCUGGACUGGGCUGGUCCAGCUCUGACAGCAACCAAGUGAAAAUAGAGACUCUAAUGGAUAAUGUUCUGGUCCUGAGGGUGCCCAAGAGAGAGGGCAGCAGUGUGUAUGUUCCUCUGACCUGUGGAGAAGCUUAUCAAAACCAGCCUGUGUUUUGGAAGAAAGAUGGCAUGGAGCUUGAGCCAGCUCUGCAGGGAAACCAGGUCACUGUCCUGGUGGAGGAGAUGGAUGGAGGAAACUACACAUGUCACCUCGGCCCAGACGGAGAAUAUCUCAACCACACUGUGAUCCUGAUCCAACUAGACCAACACAACGGGAGUGUCAUGCUGGAAGAAAUAUCAUCUAGUGAAGGUCACAUCCACUGUUCAGCACUUAACUAUAAAGGCUCCUUCCACUGCACCUGGACAAGAAAAAGCUCCAGAUCCGACGCCACUGUGCUCCUGGUGAAGGCAGAACGUUAUUUGGAAAAGAUUACCUGUGAGCUGAGUGCUAAUGGAUCAGCGAUUCACUGCCAGGAUUCCAGCUGUCCCUACAAAGAAGAACAACACAGCAUCUCCCUCACCAUCUACAUGCGUAGCUACUGUCGUCUAGAGGCCUACACAAAGACUUUCCACCUGAGAGAUAUUGUGAGGCCGGCAAAACUCCCUAACCUGCGCAACAGUGACGGGACUGUGUUCAGCUGGAACUACCCUGACUCCUGGGAGAAGCCCGAAACGUACUUCAGCCUGGAGUUCGAGGUCAAGGUGGUCCCCAAUAGAGAAUCCUGUCACAGUGACGAUUUCUUACUGCAGCAAAACAAAAUUGAUGAAACUAAGUUUGAGGUCAAUGUGAAAACCAAGAGAUAUGUUUUCUGUGUGCGAGCUCGGGACAAACACACCAUGGGGCUGUAUAGUCACUGGAGCCACUGCACAGUGAACAAACAUAUUGUGACCUGCUAGCGUUUUACGCUGGACUGCAGCCAGAAAGGAAGGAAGGACACAAGGAUUGAAGACAUUUUUUUCCCCUAUUUUUUAAUUCUCAAAAUCUUUUUUAAAGCAAUGCACAAAAAUUAGAGUGCAUGUAUAUCUGUACAGUAUUUAUUGAUUUAAGUUGUCUCUUUGGAAAUACAGUAUUUUGUUAAAAUUGUUAUUUGUAAUAUGACUGAAAUCAAUUACUCAUUCCUUUAUGCCCUUUGUAACUCUUAUUUAUAACUAUCCUUGCAGAUUUUCUUUGCUGUUUCUUAACAUGACAUUAAAAAUGUUCAUUUACAGCACUUUUUGGUCUUUUGGUCAUUAAUUGUGAUGAAAGGAAAAAAAAGAAAUAUAUUCUGUGACUACUCCUUUUAAAUUACUUAAGGAACAAUGAACAAUACAAGCAAUUUAGGUACAAAAAAACGGUUUAUUGUCAUAUUUACAGCCAGGAUGUCAGGGAUGUGAUGAGGAAAACACAAAAAGGCAGAUCUCAAGAAAUCAUCUCAAGAACUGACUUGAAGGAGUUGAAUGUCCAAGAGAGCUGUAAACCUGACAAAAUCUGAAAACAAAUCACAUCCCUGAUGUUUCCACAAGCUUCGGGUGCUACUUGUUCAUAAGGUGGGGCACACUUUCCCAAGACACUUCCCCAUCUUCAUCCAUAACUUAAAGUAAACAUUGACAAUAAGUGCAAACACAUUAAUGAAGAUGCUACCAAAAAAAAGAAACCGUAAAAUGUACAUUAUGUGUUGUCAGUUUUCUGCAUUCCCAUCAUCAUCCCUCAUCCCCACUUUGUUCAUUGACAUUUUGAUUUACCAAAACAGUUCAAUAAAAGCUCUAAACAAAACACAGACUAAUGAAUUCUGCAUCAAAAAACAAAUACUAGAACUGAUCCUUUACGUGUAUCUGAGUGUGUGCGUCCAGAGAUGCAACAGAGCUGGUA